AUGCGUUUCCUCCAGGCAUCCCUUACCGUGAUAUCCGUCUUCACCGCGGGAUUGGUCGGAGUGACAUCUGCAGUAACCCACGAUGAACAUUUCGUCCCAGAUGCUGUUCUCCGCGUUACCGAAGAGGAGAGAAAACAGUCUUGCGUGCCAUCGAAAGAGAUUUUGGUAGUUAAUGGGACUAGUCCAGGGCCUAGCCUCAGAUUCACGGAAGGCGAGACGGUUUGGAUUAGAGUUUACAAUGAUAUUCCUCAUCAGAACCUUACCAUGCAUUGGCACGGCCUUACAAUGGCCACGGCUCCUUUCUCCGAUGGCACUCCUCAGGCCGCCCAAUGGCCCAUUCCUCCUAAUCAUUUCUUUGAUUAUGAGCUUCACGUGCCAAUUGGUAUGGCGGGAACAUAUUUUUACCAUUCGCAUGUCGGUUUCCAGGCUACCUCUGCCACGGGGCCGUUGAUUAUUGAGGAAAAAGAUCAUCCCCCCUACGACUACGAUGGUGAACGUAUCAUCUUCCUACAAGAUGUCUUCCCGGAUACCGAUGAAUUCAUCGAGGAAGCAUUACUGGCCGUCCCCAUGGAGUACGAGAGGGCCCAAGAAAUUGUGCUUAUCAAUGGGAAAGGAGGUGGUAGAACGGAUCCAGGAGCGCCAUGCAAUGACUCGUUGUCUGUCAUCAACGUUGAGCCUGGGAAAACCUACAGAAUGAGACUUAUUGGUGGAACUGGCUUAUCAAUUGACAUUCUGGGCAUCGAGGGCCAUGAUAAUCUCGAAGUGAUCGAAGCUGAUGCAGCCUACACUGAGAGGCACCCCACCUCAAUCAUGCAAGUCAGCCCAGGCCAACGAUUUAGUUUCCUUCUGCACACCCAUGCACAUCCAGACAAGCAACGAUACUACAUACAACUGGAGAGUCGCGAAUUCGGGGGAGUUACUCGCUCGUUCGCAGUCAUUGACUACGGCCGCCCAGCAAACGAUCCCACUCCUGAGGUCUAUCCACCAGCUUCUCCUCCCAUCACCUUACCACCAACAGACCCUUAUUGGCUCGAGUACUCACUUCGCCCCUACAACAAUUCGGAACACCCAACCGCAUCACUUGCAGCACUUGAUUUCCCAACCGCAGCAGAAGUGACUCGAAGAGUCAACAUCACGUCUCAUCUAUCCAUUCCUCAAGGCGGCCUGGUUUACAAGAUAAAUGGCUACACCUGGAAUGAAGGUCUUGUGUCGGAGCCUUAUCUUGUCAGUCUCUAUAAAGAUGGCGGUUCCAACUGGCCAUCCAUGGAACGCGCUCUCCAGAAUGAUGGUUUGGACCCGAUCACUUAUGCUUUCCCAGCACUCAUGGGAGAGGUAAUUGAGAUCGUGGUUCAGGGCACCGGUUCUGAGGGCAAUGGAACGGAGACGCAUCCAUGGCACGCUCAUGGGGCCCAUUAUUGGGAUUUGGGUUCUGGAGCGGGUGAAUACGAUGCCGAGGCGAACGAAGCAAGAUGGCGGAGUUCCAUAGGACAUCCCGUUAAGAGAGAUACGACAAAUCUUUAUAAGUACAGCGGAAAGGCACAAAAUGGUACACUCUCGGCAUGGAGGGCAUGGAGACUCAGGAUCGAUCAUCCAGGUGUUUGGAUGAUUCACUGCCAUCUUUUGCCUCAUAUGGUGUGGGGCAUGCAGACUGCUUGGGUUAUGGGAAACCAGUCUGAAGUGCUCGGAUUGAUCGAUAGGCCGGGUGUGGAAGGGUAUCUUACCUAUGGAGGGAGCGUAGCUGGGAAUGAGACCAAUUCCCCUGAGGUGGUUGAGUUCUUCCCCCUUAGUGACUGGCAGGAUGGUGCAGUUGGUGACGGAACCAAGUGA